AUGGAGAAGGAUGGAAUGAAAUUAGCUACAAGCAUUGUUUCAAGUGGUCGAUAUCCGAAUGUCAUGAAUUCAUCUGAUGUCUUAAUUUAUUCAGGAGAAGGUAGGAAUCCAUUGGUUCAAAAUAAGCGGCCACCUAAAGAUCAAGCGCUCACACAUGGCAAUCUUGCACUAAAGAACAAUAUGGAUCAAAAAGUCCCCGUGAGAGUUAUCCUUAAGCAAAUGUGGAAAGGUUCUAAGGUAUCUACAUAUGUUUAUGAUGGCUUAUACCAUGUGGAGAAAUGUUGGCAAGAAAGAGGGAAAUUUGGCAAACUUAUUUUCAAAUUUAAGUUGAAAAGGAUUUCAGGACAACCAAAGCGAACUCAAGGAUUACCAUCCAAAAUAGAUAAGUACCCAUCUAAUCGAAAGGUUAUUUUAGCAAGUAAUACUUUUGAGGACAACAAAAAAGUAACAGUUGGAACGAGGAACACACUUGAUGACAAGAGACCUUCAUCACAUGUUUUCGAUAAAACUUAUUCUGUGAUUUUCAAUCAAUCCAAGUCAAUUGGUUGUGAUUGCAUUGAUGGAUGCUCAGAUUUUAAAGAUUGUUCAUGCAAAAUAAAGAAUGGGAAAGUUCUUCCUUACGAUCACAAUGAACGUCUUAUUGUAAGAAAGCUUCGUAUUUUCUGA